CGCCGGGGCGGGGCGGGGCGGGGCGGGGAGCGGCCGCCGGCCGGCCGCGCUCCACUGCCGUUCUGCGGGCGGCCGCGGCAGCCUGCAUGCACCAUGCUGGGCGGCCACACGCCAAGAUGGGCCUGAGGAACAACAAGGUAAAGGAGGCCACGUCGGCCGGCCGGCGCAGCUCGGCGCUCUCCCUAGAGGACAGCGAUGACGACAGCAAACUGGUCGAGUUCAACGGCGGCGUCUUCAAGGUGAAGACAGGAUGCUGCGGCCUAGACCCGACCACCGGCCGCGGCAAGCAGAUCCACCUGGCCCAGAUGCUCUGCCUGCCCUUCAUCCCCAUCAUGGCGCUCAUCAUUCAGAACGCGGUCAACAUGAUCAGCGUGCUGCAGUACCAGUACGAGAUGCAGGAGACCAUCAGCCAGGUGCAAAUCAGUACUGGACUGGGAAACGUCACUGAGGCGCUGCAGUCGGAGCGAGCCGAGAUCGCCUUCUUCCUCUUCACCAACGGCUCUGUGAUCCGGAGAAACCUCUCUGAACAUUUUCAGUACACCAACCUUUUGAUCGAUGAACUCAAAUGGCCAAAAUUCCGCAUCGGCGACCAGCUUUUCCAAAACAAAAUCCUAUUCAGAAUUCGACUGGAUGACUUUCGCGACAAAAUUACCCGUUUCGAUACGCCUUCAAUAGACGCCGGUAUCCAGUUCUACAAUCGUGCUAACUACAUCUUCCUCGACCAGCUGACCAGAGAAAUUAAAGAAAAAGAUUCUUCAGGUGUUUGGCGACCUCUUUUGGCGUACAAGAACUUAAUUCGGGCAAUUGAACACCUGGGCAUCAGCAUGGUGUUUGGGGAGGAGUACUUCGGCCGGGGCGACCUCGACCACAACAGCUACCUCAGCUUCGUCACCAACGACGCCCUCGGCCAGGACUUCCUCAACGCCAGCAAGAGCUUCGCCUACUGGAUCAAGGACAGGUAUCAAAUGUUGCAGCACGAAUACCCAUGGUAUUCGAACAUCACUCGUCGAAGAAAGGAAAUUGUUAACCGUGUCAAAAUUGAGCCCGACUUCGGCAAGGCCACUGAGUACUUUUACGCCAUGCUCGGUUACUUAGACUCGCUACAGAAAAUCCAAUACGAAAUCAGAGGAAAAAUUGAAAACACCAUCUUGUCGGAGGUGGGCUCCUCCAACAGCCACGUGGUGGUGGGCAUUGCGCUGCUGGUGGUAGUACUUAUCAUCUCGCCCGUUAUCAUCAUCCUGGUCAGGAAGGUGACCCGCACACUGCAGGCUUUCACGGAAACGCUACAAUACAAAACCUACGAGCUGCGCUACGAGAAGAAGCGGUCGGACAUGCUGCUGUACCAGAUGCUGCCGCCGACGGUGGCGCAGCAGCUGAAGCAGCGGAAGCAGGUGUCGGCAGAGACGUACGAGUCGGUCACCAUCUACUUCUCUGACAUCGUCGGCUUCACCGAGAUGGCCUCCGAGAGCACUCCGAUGCAGGUGAUUUCACUUCUGAACGCGCUGUACCGCAUGUUCGACUCGCGUAUCGAGCUGUACGACGUGUAUAAGAUCGAAACCAUCGGUGAUGCCUAUAUGGUGGCGUCCGGCGUACCGCAAAGAUCACAAGGCAAAGACCACGCCGCCGAGGUGGCCUCCAUGGCCCUGGACCUUCUGCACGCCACUGAAAACUUCGUCGUGCCGCACAUGCCCGGUGAGCGGCUGCAGAUCCGCAUCGGCAUCCACACGGGACCGGUGGUGGCCGGCGUGGUGGGCACCAAGAUGCCGCGCUACACCCUCUUUGGCGAGACGGUCAACAUCACCAGCAAGAUGGAGGCCACCGGACUGCCGUUCAAGAUCCACAUCACGGCGGCGACCAAGGAGGCGCUGGACCGCGCCGGAGGCUUUAUCAUGAAGCUACGUGGAGAGAUGGAGAUUCGUGUCCACUUCAACAAGGACUCGAGCGUUGGCGGAGCGAUGGAAACCUUUUGGCUGAUCGGGAAGCAUGGCAAGCUGCCCGACCGUCGCGUCGACUCCGACAAAGAAGAGGUGAUCGACGUGAUGGCCGAGAAUCCGCACACCAACGCGCUGCGGAAGGAACGCCAGAAGCAGAAGGAACAGGCCAGCCAGAAGCAGUCGACCCUCUCGCGGGCGAUGGAGUCGAUCAAAGGACAUCUUACAGGAUAACGGACGGAUGACGACGAACGGCGAGAGACUGGGAAGGAGCUGGACGAAGCACAGAUCAAUGCACACACCGCGCACAAAAUGUAACCGGGGCUAGUGGAAAUCGAGCGGGCGGACCAGGCCGGGCGCUUAGGACAGACCAGACGUCACAUGUUAGUGUUUUGAUGUUAAUGUUGUUGUUGUUGCAAUAUGAAGUGCUGGUUAUAAGUAGAAAAGUCGAUGUGCGUUUGAUGUUGGUAGGAUAGGCGGAAGUGUUAUGCGUUUGUCGUACUGCUAUGCGUUUGAUGUUAGGCUUUAUGACCUGAGAGUUGGCAUAGUGUUAUGAUUAGGCGUUGAGCAGAUGCAGGCUCGUUUAGCGUUUCUCGUGAAGGCGUCAGUGUAUGUAUGUGUAUGUGUUAGUGUCGCCGUCACGUGUUCGAUGAAGACACGUGACGCCAGGAGGUCAGGCAGCGAUGUGGUCGGUGUUCGCUGUGUUAUUGUGUCGUGCUCGCUGUGCUAUGUCACACGGCGUCAGAGAGGAGUGACGUCACCGGCGCUGAUAUAGUGUGACGUCACUGCCUGCUCUGACGCCCCAAUUGACGGUGCGGGCUCCAUGUGUGUGCAGAACGUGUGGGAUCGCGAGGGACUCGCCAGUGCGCGGUGCUAUGAGUCGCAAAUAUAAAAUCGAUGUGA